AUGACCGAUAGAUCAGUCAAGGGCGGCAGCAGCAGUGGUGAGGAUGGCACUGUUCAGGCCAGCUCCUCAUCUGGCAUUGCGCCUUUGCUCCCACCGACGCCCCCUGGGGUAUCACCUCUCCGCCUCCUCAUCAUUCACAUAGACCAUGGUGGCCUGCUUCACCGGCUCACCCUCCCGCCGACUCGUCCAUCCUCACUCAGCAGUGAAGAGCUCCGCACUCAUAUCGGGCAACGACUAAGCAUUCCUCGGCACGAGUUCGACAUCGAGUGGGUGGACGACGAUAAUAAUCUGUCCUACAUCAUUGAUGAUGAUAGUCUGCAGGAGGCCUUCGAAUUCUUUAUGCCCAGUCGGAGCGACGGGUGCUUGCAGGAUGAAGUUGGUGCUGCAAAGGCAAGUGCUUGCUCUUCGUCCUCCUCAUCGUCCUCAGUAGCAUCGUCGACUGGCCCGCCGAUCGAGCUUCAGCUGCGCAUCAGGUUGUGCACUCGAAUCUCGCUGAGCGACUCGAGUGGGCCGAGUGAGAGUGGCAAGAGUACGAGUUCGGCAAGUUCGACGAGUAGCUCUUGGUGGAACGUCAAUAAUGAGGAGGACAGCGCGUUCAACGAUCUAAAUCAAGCGAGCUCACAGGCGAGCGACGCUGGCGAAGGGGGCCAGACCUGGGAGCAUGUUCGGCGAGGAGGUGCAAGAGGAGACGGGCGCUCGCCGAGCAAGACCUCGUCGUCGAGCGCCGCUAGUUCGUCAAGACUACCGCCUCUCAAUGGCAGACAGAGGAUGGCAGAGUACACCGGGCGCCACGACGACGAGUCGGACGAGGAGGAAGAAGGCACAGAGUACGCAUACAGCCUCGAAGGAAGCAGCAUAGCAGCGAGCCUGCUGCCCUCAAACAGCUCGUCGGCAACACAUCUCGGAAUACGCUGCAUUGUUUGCGACGCAAUGCCGAUACAAGGGCCACGCUACCUCUGCCUUGUCUGCCCACACGGCAUCUCCUUCUGUGGUCGCUGUGAGGAUACUGGGAGAGCAAUCCAGCACGGCCCCCACCUGGCGACGCACCCUCUCGUAAAGCUUGUCGUUGCAGGGUCCAAUGGCGAAACCGGCCGUUCAUCGCCAUCGACAAACAACGAAGCAAUUGCUUCUACCCUCGUCAAAGCAGCGCAACAGCUGAGCAUUGGACGUGGGACGGGCCAAGUAGCGGCUGCCGCUGCUGCCUCAUCGGCAGACUCGCAGUCCUCACUCGCGCUCCUUCCUUCAGCAACUCAUUCGUCCUUACCUUUAGCGCAUGAUGUACUCUGCUCCUUCUGCUCAGAGCCGAUUGUCGGGGCACGCUACUUGUGCGCCAAUUGCCCUUUGGACCUCCCCACACCUGAAGACUCAGUGACGCCAACGGGCGCGGCGCCGGCGUCCUCGAACGGGUGCACAGAGGAAAGCUCCCUUCUAUCGCAGUCGUCCCCAAGUUCUCCGCCGCCAGUUCUCAUCCUCACUCCGCAUGAAGGCUUCAACCUCUGCUCCUCGUGUGAGCAACACAGCCUGAGCGUGCACGACCCGGACCAUUUCUUCAUCCGGAUCCCAAGCCUGGCCAUUGCGCCUUCAGCGGAUGGCCAAGGCAGCGUCACAGCUCGCAGUGCUCCGUUGCCACUUCGGCUCAAUCCCUACUUGACGAUCCAGCACCGCACUGAAGGAUUGCUGCCUACCCUGUAUCGGAGCGAUGACUUGGGGUGGGAAGAGGCGAAGCGCGCGAUGCUACAGGGAGGAGGCGAUGCCGCGACGCCUGGGCAGCGCUGCGUGUUGCGCUCGUAUGCCAACAAUGCGGCAAUGGCACUUGGUCGGCUUGCGCAGACUGCUGAGUCAAAUGGUGGAAGCAGCGGCGAGGACGCCGAAGCUGCUCGUGCAAAUCGAAAUCGCCUGUUUGGGCGCUGGCGCUCUACGAGCUCGAUCUCCAGCUCGGGCUCCAGCAGUACGUCGCCCGCCACUCCAACAGGCGGCCUGGCUCGGCCACGAAGCGUCUCCCCCUCUUUGGCCCUCCACCAUGAAUCUGCUUACGUCUCGUCGCUCAUCCACCCAAAUAUAUUCUGCGACGUCUGCUUCAACGUCGUUGAGGGCAGCUGGCUGCGAUGCACUUCGUGCGUCUCGUCGUACGAUGUAUGCCAGGACUGCGCCAGGAGGGGCAUUGCCUUCGAGCAGCACCACAGGUCGCAUGCGUUUGCGGUCUUCAAGCGGUCGGUGGACUUAGAUCUCUUCAGGAGCUUGGUGGAUCAUGCGGCUAGGCUUGAAAUUGGUGCGGAGGCUGGGGAUGGGGAGGCUGGUGGGGGAGAGAGCUGGCCGGGACAAGCUAUGCUGCCCUUUCCACUUGUUUGA